ACAUAUCAGUUGUCAAAAACAGCUGUACCAAGAACUAACGGAAUCAAAACAAACAGCAACUCAUGAAUGAACCUGUCGCGUAGUGUGUCACAGUCUGGCGAUCAGUCUACAUGUUUUAUGUUUGUACAUUUUAUGUUCAGUGUAAUUUGUCCGUGUGAAUAAUGUCCGAUGACGAUUGUAUUUCUAAACAUGUGAAGUUCAGUGAAAUAAGCACUAUCCUGGAGAAAGUAAAGGGUGCCGGGAGCACAGCCGGUAGCAAAAGGGACGAGAUUUUUAGGCGCUAUUUCGCUUCCUUCGAACAGUUUCGACGAGAAUAUUGCCAGAAAUAUGGCGAUAAGGGGCGCACCAGCAUCUUCCCGAUUCUGCGCCUGCUCCUGCCGGGAGCCGACCGCGAGCGGGACUCCUACGGCAUCCGGAUGAAGUCCCUGCGCGAUCUGUAUAUAAAGGUGCUCGGCAUCGGCGAGACGAGCAUCGAGGCACGCAAACUGUCCGGUUUCGAUGAAUCCGGGUUCGCUGGGGGCGGUGGCUCGGGUGAUUUCGCGGACCGUAUCUUCACGCUGAUGCGUGGUCGUUGUGCCGCCGAGUGUAAACUGACCGUUUGGGACGUAAAUCAGCGGCUAGAUGCAAUGGCAGAACACUACAAGAACGCGCAGCGGGCCCGUAUUCUGGACGAGUUGAUUCGGAUGGUCGGGGGGCUGACCCAGCUCGACCAGAAGUGGUUGAUAAGAAUCAUAUUGAAAAAUUUGCGGCUGGGAAUGAGUCAGCAGAAGCUGUUGGGAUUGUACCAUCCGAGAGCGAGUGCACUGUUCGAUCGUUACAGCUAUUUGUCCAAGGUGUGCGAAGCGGUGGAGAGCGACAAGAUAUCGGCGGAAGAAGAUGAGAUUGAUAGCGGGGCGGUUAAGGUGUUUCACCCGAUCAAACCUAUGCUUUGUCAGAGGGUGGAUCUAAAGCUGGUGGACAGCAUGCUAAAGAAAGACGAAUAUUGGUUGGAAACCAAAAUGGAUGGCGAACGAUUCCAACUGCACAAAGAGGGACAGGUUUUCAAGUAUUUCUCCAGGAACAGCUUUGAGUACAGUCACGUUUUUGGUGAGAAUGCGAACCAUUCGGGAUCGACGCUGACGCCGUAUUUGGCUGAUCUGCUGUCAACAACAAUUCAGAGUGUAGUGCUCGAUGGAGAAAUGAUGGUAUUCGACAAAAAUGAGCUGACGUAUCGUGAUAAAAGCGAAAAUACCGAUGUGAAGGCGAUCAAGCGAGAUAAUCCGACCUUAAGGCCUUGUUUUUGUGUUUAUGACAUUCUAUAUUUGAAUGGGAAGUGUGUGAUCAAUGUGCCGUAUGCGGAAAGGAUUCGUCUGUUGGAGACUGUUGUUAAAACAAAGGUAGGAAUUCUGGUGACUUGCUUCCGUGUUAAGGUGAAGAAUAGUGAACAUUUGGUCGAGUUAUUGAACCAAGCGAUCGACGCUCGUCAGGAAGGGGUGGUGAUUAAAAAGCAAGACUCAACCUACAGUCCGAACUUGCGAAACGCGGGAUGGUAUAAAAUUAAACCCGAUUAUAUUGACAACUUGGUUUCGGACUUUGACCUGCUAAUUAUUGGAGGGUUUUACAACAUGAAGCGAACUUUCGUGAACACCUUUCUUGUAGGAGUUAUGGAGAAGGUGGAAUCCAAUGAUCAACAAGAGCCCACAUAUUUAGCCGUCACCAAAGUGGGAAUCGGUUUAUCCGAUGAGCAGUGGAAAGUUUUGAGUCGUUCUCUCAAGCCUUAUUGGCGGGAGGUCACAGUACGAAAAGAAGGUCGCUCCAAGGUAUCCGAAGAACCUCCUGGACUACGCUGGGGUCAAACUUAUCCGGAUGUAUGGAUCCCUCCGAAGCACUCGAUAGUUCUCCAGAUGAAAGGUUCCGAGCUCGUUCGAACAAAGUCCUUUGCCACAGCCUACACCAUCCGCUUUCCACGUAUUACAGCGAUCCGCAGCGAUAAAACGCAUCUGGAUGUUUGCACCAGAGCCGAGUUCGAUCAACUUUGCUCUGCCAAUACAACUGUAGCGAAGCUGGCGAAGCGCCACGUGACCGCCUCGGAUCUCGUGGCCGAUUCGGAUGGCGACCCAACUAAAGCUCGCAAGCGCAAGAAAAUCUCCCCGAUUCAACCAAAUCGGUUGAGUAAGGCUAACCUCAAUCACCCUCUAAAAAACCAUGAUGACAUCCAGCCCAUUGAUGAUAUCUGUUCUGGAUUAGACUUUUGCAUCCUGAGUACAUCCAAAGGACUACCGUCGAUCGGAGAGCUUGAAACGAUGGUACGGCGUCAUGGGGGACGUGUCGUUAAAAAUCCAGGUCCUUCAACGUACGCAACGAUUGUAGGAGAUCGAACCUUCCUAGUGGAUCGAGUUAUCUACAGUGGUAGGUACAAUGUAGCCACCGUGGAUUGGUUACUACGUGCUUUGGGCGGUUCCGAGUCUAGGGGCAGCCUAGCGGAAUUCAAACCGAAUGAUAUGCUGGCGAUGACCGCCAGCCUACGGGAGCAGAUGGUUGAUCAAUUCGACCGGUUCGGGGACUCGUACACGGUGAAGAUCUCUGGAGUGGAUGACAUGCGCGCGUUGCUAGCACAGAUAAGCCUGGACGGUGCAGGUAAUUUGUCGAGUGCUGAGUUGCGGAAUGGACAACGGGAAAUUCUUGGUCGCUCCGGAGGCUUUCGGAUAUUUCGCGGUCAUGUUGGUCGGUUGUAUGAAGAGAACCUGACCGAGGAUAUUGAACGGUUCAAGGCUCGCUUUGUGAUGCUAAAGUUUGUGCGAGAAGGCGGAGAAUGGCUAUCGGGAUCCGCCGGCAAAGGAAUCACGAUUGUUUUUGUGUAUGAGAAUGAUAGGAUAGACAGGGGCCAUUUGAAACAGUGGGUCGAUAGCAUUACGAGACAAAACUUAGAGCCGUGUAUAUUGAAACUUAAAUGGAUACAGGAUAGUCUAUGUCAGAGGAAUGUGUGUAACGAGCAAUUGUAUAGUGUUUUUUAACUCAUUCAACAAAGAAUUUAAGAUGCUCCGAAUGAAAAAUUAUGUAUUUCACGAAAUAAAAUAUUGAA